GGUAAAAAUUUGAGCACAGUUGCUGCAAUUUUACCUACCCUCAUUAUUCAAAAGAUUUGGGUGCCAAUUCAUCAGAUUGCAGAUCCUCGGCAAUGGCUAUGUUAAUCAGGAAUAUCAAAACACGACCUCCAUUUCUCCUUCUCUUCAGAUCAAUUUAUGCUCCCGUUCAUUUCAUUCCAUACCCAAAUUCACAAUCUUUCUCCACAGCUCCAAAAUCCCAUCAGAAGAAUUUAAUUCCUGUCUCAAAUCUCUUCCAAAGGUAUGGCUUCCCACCCUCUGAACUUCCCCAUUUCCUAAAAAAGAAUCAGUUUUUGCUGAAUUCCAAUACCCCAGAAAUCGAAAAAUCCCUCAAGAUUUUAUCAUCGCUAAACCCUUCUCAAGAUUUCGUUGUUAGUGUAUUAUGUAGCUGCCCCAGUGUUCUAGAACUUGAAUUCUUGGAAAAAUGGCAACUGGGCAUUUCGGAAUUGGGGAUUUCAAAUAUUAGUAUAAUGGCAAUUCGGAAUAUUCUUGAAUUUUCUAGGAAAUAUGAUUUAAAACCUGAUGACGUUUUUAGGUGUAUAAAGUGUUUGAAAAGGUUGGGGUUUAGAGAGAACACUGUCACCAGGGUUUUGGAAGCAGUUCCUAUGGUAAUUAUGUCAAGUGAGGAGAAGAUUCGCGGUAAAACCGAGUUCUUGAUUAGGAUUGGAAUUCAGAAGAAAGAAAUUGAUCGGGUAGUUUGUUCAUUUCCUGGAAUUUUGGCAUUUGGUGUGGAAAAUAGGCUGAAACCAUUGAUUGAUGAAUUUGAAGAUUUAGGUUAUAGCUUAAGUGAGGUUAGGAGAGAAGUUAUUAGGGACCCAAGAAUUCUUGGGUUGGAAAAUGGGGAGUUUUCACAGUGUUUGAAAUUGCUAAAGAGUUUGCGUUGUAGGUUACCUAUUAAGGAGAAUAUUUUUCGCCAUGGAGCAUUUAGGGCUGGCUAUGAAGUGAAAAUAAGGGUUGAUUGCUUACGAAAACAUGGUUUGAUAUAUCGAGACGCUUUUACUGUCUUGUGGAAGGAGCCUAGAGUGAUUUUGUAUGAGAUAGAGGAGAUUGAGAAGAAAAUCGAAUUUUUGGUGCAGGAGAUGGAGUUUGAUGUUCAGUGUUUAGUUGAAGUUCCUGAGUAUUUGGGGGUGCAUCUUGGUAAACAGAUAUUUCCUCGUUUCAACGUGAUUAAGCAUUUGAGAUCAAUAGGUGGACUUGGAGACGAGGUCGGUUUGAGGGAUUUAAUUAAGCUUAGCAGAUUGAGAUUCUAUAAUCGGUAUGUUAAGCCAUACUCAGAAUGUGAGCAGAUAUAUGGAAGGUUUGGAGGAGGCAGUGAAGUUCGAAGCCGGCAUCCAGUUGGAAUGUGGAAGCUUUUUAAACCACAAAAUCAUCCCAAGUCGAAUGAAGAUUCUAGAAACAUCAAAUCUUACAUGGAAUCAUUGGCUUGAAUGGAAUUUACUACACUGCUGGUGUUUGUUGGUUUCUGGAGCUGUACUCUCUUUGCUCGUUUAUUGCCCUUAUCAGGGCGUCCUCAGCCCCUCCUCACCAGGACUUACUCCCAGGUGCCAAAAGGCAAUCAGCAGUCAGCUUACCGAAAGGGCUUCUUCUUUGUGGGAAUAUUCCCUCACGGAAGCUCCCCUAGAAUGUAAUGUACCUUGGCUUACGACAUAAUAUGUUUGCAAAAUGGCAGUGGCUGAGUUUUGGCUGUGCUGUAUUUACUUGCCUCCUCCCUCUAUAAAAUAGCACAUAGGUGGCCAGUGAUAGGAGGAACACCCAGCGCCCGCACUUGAACGGGCAACCAUGGUCUGCUUUGCUAUAUUCAAGGAAAUUAAGUGCUUCAUAUAAAGGAGAAGCAGUGAAACUGUGCGGUCAGAUGUUGACAAGAACACUGUGCGAACUCAGUUAUCCGUGUGAUUGAGAACCCUCGCAGCCAAACACAACGAAAAGUAUUAGGAGUGCACUCUUACCACUUUGCAGGAUUGGAAAACUUGGGGUCCGUUUGGUUUGCAUUUCUGUUUUUUAUUUUUAGUUUUGAAUUCAUUUAUAGUUUUCUAUUUUGAGAGAUUAUUUUAAGAUUGCACAAAACAUAUUUGAUUUAUUAUUCUGAAAAACUGUUU